AUGAUAUAUUUAAGAUGCUACUUUAAGUAUUAUUAUGUAUUAUUAUUAAGUAUUUUUCUAGUUUUAUGUUUGAAUAUUUAUUUAGUAUUCUUUUUUUUAAAAGAAGAAACAAGUAUAGGAAAAUCAACUCUAUUAAAUUAUAAUGCAUCAUAUUUUGCAACUCAGAAUAUUUUAAAUUCAUUAAGCAAACUCGACAAAGAUUAUGAUUUGCCAAUACCAACUGAAGAAUCUAGUAUUUUAAAAGAACUUGAAGUACUCUUAAGUAAUUUAAAAUUAAAAUUUAAUGGUGAUAUUGAUUUGUUUAAUGCUACUAUAAAUAUAAUGAAUAAAGAUGGACUUAUGCCUCUUUAUGGUACACCAUAUCUUGGAUCAACUAUAAAUUUAUUAAAAACAUCAGAAAUAAUCAAGACUUAUAAUGCUCUUAAAGGAACUCAAUUAAAAUUACUACUUAUGUUUAAAAAUAACCAGGAAGUGUUAUUUAAACCUAAAUGGUAUUCAGAGUCAAAAAUAAUAUAUGGAGAUGUAUACGCUGGCAAAGAUCGCUAUAAUGGUGAAAUAAUGGCAUUUUACAUUUCACUUAUUCUUGGAUUUCCACGUGUACCCAUUGUUGUGAAACGAAUUUUAGAUUCUACAGAAAUACACAAAACAGCAAAUAUUGGAUUAAAGAAAACAAUGUAUAUUAAUUCAACAACCAAAGAAAUGUGUCUAUAUGGAAAAUGUUUUUAUUGUAAACGUGAAGAUCCAGUAUGCACAAAAAGUGAACGACUUGAAGGUGCAGCUAUUUUUCAUCUUCCUCCAUAUAUGAAGCUUAAACAACGUUUACAUCCUUGGAGAAGAACUUACAAUGAAAAUAAGACAGCAAGAUGGGAAACUGAUAAUAAUUUUUGUACUUAUGUUAAAGCUACAUUUGAUUCUGAAAGAAUUUUGGACUUUAUCGAUAUCUGUAUAUUUGAUUUUAUUAUUGGAAAUGGGGAUCGACAUCGAUAUGAAGUUAUAGAACAAUUUAAUAAUACCAUUAUCUUAAUUGAUAAUGGAAAAAGUUUUGGGAACCCUUACAAAGACCAUACUGAUAUAUUGGCUCCGCUUUAUCAGUGUUGCAUAAUUCGCCAGAAGACGUGGGAAAGACUCAAGUCUAUAAAAGGAGGAACAUUCACAAACGUAUUGCAAAAUAUGUUGGUUAUACACGAAACAAUAUCUCUAAUUACUCUACCACAUUACAAUGCACUUGAGCGACGACUAAAAUUAGUAUACGCUACCGUUACUAUGUGUCAAAACCAAUCAAAUGAAUCGAUAUUCAAAUGACCAUUGACAAGCACUAGAGGUGUACCCCAUUGGACAUUUUCCACUUUCUCAAUCACAUUUUCUUUUUCCAAACGUUCAAGUUCACUUUCAACUUUUUCAAUAUACGCAGAUGGAAUAGACCUUGGUUUACAAAAAACUGGCAUUACUUCUUAUUUUAUUUUUAAGGUAAUUUUUUCUUGUUUAUACUUUCCUAAUUUAUUUUUAAACAAUCCCUCAAAUUUUUUUAACCAUUUUUUUACACCAAAAUCUAAAUUAUUUACUGUAAUAUUUGACACAUCCACCAACUGUAUACCAAAUAAACUCAUUAAAUCUCUUCCCGAUAGAACUCUACAUCCAUUUUCUACUAUUAGUAAAUUACAUUGCUCCUUCUUAUUCUUAUAUUUCAUAUCAACCAUAACUUCUCCAACUGGAUUUAUCAUUUCUUGAUGUUGACCUUAAUUUGGUUUUGAUAUUUUUUAAUUUUGAAAAUGUUCUUUCACAAGUAACUUGUGUACAUGGCAACGUUAAUACAAAUGUAUAUGCAUAAUAUAUAUUGUUAAAACCACCAGAGUGUUAACUAUAUUAUGUAACACAUUGAAAGCACAUAUUAAUUUUUUAAAAAUUAUACAACUAUUCCUUUCUAAGCAGUUAGCUAAUAACAAAAAUAAUAUAAAUAUUCUUACUAUCUAAACCCCAUUUAAUCUUGUUAGCUAAAAACCCGUCUCCAAAUAUAAAAAUAUGUUAGUAAAUAGUUGUUUACGACCACGCUCAAGGAAAUAAGUAAUGGAAAGGACUAUAAAAUAGUUUUAACUAAGUCGUAGUGACCUCAGUUACUCCAUAUCUGACAGGCGCGGUGGUGUAGCAUGUACAGUUAUAUAGAAAUCAGCGCGUAAUAUUUAUUUUUAUUGAUAUUACUAUUAUUUUGUAUCAACUGAUGGGGGAUGCGCGCCGCCGAACCAAAAUCAGUCGCGCAAACGGUAUGUUCUCUUUUGAAAAGAAGUAUAGAAUUAACAUCAAAUUAAUAAUAAUAAUAAUAAUAUGUUACAGUGUUAUCAUUACAGUUGCUAAUCGUUUUUAGUAAUAAAAGCUUGAUACUUCACCGUCUGGUGCAAUCAAUAUAUGUAAAUCAAAACAAGCGGUAAACUGAAAACCAUCGAUUGCUUUUUGUUUAUCAUCUUCGUUUAGAAAACCAUUUUCAUUUCUUCUUUAACAGUUCGAAUCAUUCUAUCUGAAAUACUUAACGUAUUAAAAAAAAAAAGUUUUACAUAUUUUCACUCAUGUGGAAUUAAUAUUAAAAAAUAAAAAAACCAUAGUUCAAUGAUCUUAAACUACCUGCUAUGUUAUGCUAUAUCUAUGUUUUGGAUUAAUUUUGUCGAUAUACCUACUUACAAAGUCACGCUGUUUUGAUAAAUCUGCCAGAUUCUAAAAAUCUUCAAAAACACAUUUUCUCUGCUCUUUAGUUAUUUUACUCGUACAUUUAACUAUCCAAUUUGUACUACAUGGCCCUCGCAUUGAUUUAGCAUCAAUAAGUUGCUUUUUGUAAAUUUUCGUACAGUAAUCCUAAAUUUUUAUUUUAACGCAUGAUAUUUUUCUUCCAUUUUUUGGUUAAACGCUUACGUUUUCUAGUCGGUGUGUUAACUUUUUCCAAAUCUGGAAACGACGAAGUGGUCAGAAUAAUAUAAAAAUUUGAUUCUUGAUUUUUUUCAAUUGUUGGUACAUUUCUUCAUCGCUAUCAAAAGCUAAUAUUAAAUCAUAUUCAAUCUCAUUUAAUGGGGUCCAGUCACUGCCACUAUCUCCAAAAAAAAUCAUAACCUAACUUGCACUUUUCAUUGUAAUAUUAUUAUAAAUAUUAUUUAAAACAAAAACACAC